GGAUGUUGUUAGAAAGUCAAAAUGGCAUUUCGCGUGUUCAGGUUUUGAACCGUAGCCUUACGUAGAUUUUAUUUGAUGCAAGUUAAUGCUUUAACAACUAAUUCCUUUAGACGUGAGUGCAGUCUUGUAUUUAUGUAGAUAUAAUAUAAACAAUAUGGCUUUGAGUGUAAUUACUCGGAAUGUUUGGGUGCUGCUGGGUCAUAUUCAGCGACGUGCUUUCCAACAAUCAGCUCGUUGUGUUAGCCAGGCCGCUUCCAAGGCAGAGCCCGCUGUGGAGGAGAAUGAAGCAGUGAAUCCUACUUUUGUGAACAGAAACCCCAGGAACUUGGAACAAAUGUCUUUAGCGGUGAAGGACCGUGGAUGGAAAACAAUUUGGCCCCACAAAGAGUUUUACCACAGAUUAGUAUUUUCACGUACACAGCACCAUGUUACUGCCGAGGUGUUCUCCAGCUCCUCUCUGGACCCAGUGCUCACCUGUUCUACCAAAGAGUGGGCCCUGAAGAGAGAGCUGCCCUCUACAAACUGUGUGGCUGCGUGUCAGGCUGUGGGUGAGGUGCUGGCCCAAAGGUGCAAACAGGCAGGCAUCACAAGGAUGGUGUAUAGAGCCAUCCCCUGGUCGUACCGCUCGGAUGCUGUGCAGUCCUUUAGAAAAUCAAUGAAGGAUCGUGGAAUUAUUCUCAGUGAACCUCGACGGAAGUAUAUUGGUACAUAAUGUUUGUAACUAUAUUUGUAAAUAAAAACGUAA